CACAUGUCUUUGUUUAUGCAUCCAGCCACACACUGACUGCUCCUCUGACUUUGAAGCUGUUUUUUAAUUCCUUCCCAGAGCGUUUUUACUCUUUAUAUUUUUUUCAGCCGACGCUCUCUGUUUCCUCCUUCGGACCCGUUUGGAUUUUACGCACAAAUUUCCCUUCCGUGGACCUCCGGCGCUUUCUGUCCUGGACGCCCCGUGCCGACACGCUAUGGCCCGUUUGUUACUGUCGUGUCUCCUGCUGUUUGUAUCAGCGCAGACGGCCCUCUCCUCCGGGGUCUUCGAGCUGAAGAUCGACUCCUUCACCAGCUCCCGCGGUGUCUGCCAGUCCCAGGACUGCCAGAUAUUUUUCCGCGUGUGUCUCAAGCACUCGCAGGACGUCAUCAACCCGGAGCCGCCGUGCACAUACGGCACCGCGCUCACCCAGAUCUUCGGCGCUGACUCCGACUCCAUCUCCAAGAGCGCGCCCAUCAGGGUGCCCUUUCACUUCAAGUGGCCGGGGACUUUCUCUCUGAUCAUUGAAGCCUGGAACGCGGAGUCUUCUGGCCUCGAGCCUACAGAGAACCAGAACAACCUCAUCAGCCGGAUGGCGACCCGCCGCAGGCUGACUGUCGGGGAGGAAUGGUCCCAGGACGUGCAGUUCGGCAACCAGAGCGAGCUACGCUACUCCUACCACGUGGUGUGCAACGAGCACUACCACGGCUCCGCCUGCUCCGCCUACUGCCGGCCCCGCAACGACACCUUCGGCCAUUUCACCUGCGACGACGAUGGGAACCGCCACUGCCUGGAGGGCUGGAUGGGCGAGUACUGUGGUACCCCCAUCUGUGCAGUGGGGUGCGACAAGGAUCACGGUACCUGCGAUGAUCCCGGGGAGUGUGUGUGCCGGCAGGGCUGGCAGGGCGAGCGCUGCGACCAGUGCGCCCGUCACCCCGGCUGCGUCCACGGGACCUGCCAGCAGCCCUGGCAGUGCAACUGCAAGGAGGGAUGGGGCGGCCUGUUCUGUGACCAAGACCUGAACUACUGCACCAACCACAAGCCGUGCCAGAAUGAUGCCUCGUGCACCAACACCGGUCAGGGCAGCUACACUUGCACCUGCCGGCCCGGGUUCACCGGAACAAACUGCGAGAACGAAACCAACGAGUGUAAAAGCAACCCCUGCAAGAACGGCGGCAGCUGCAAAGAUUUGGAGAAUGAUUAUUCGUGUGCCUGCCCUCAGGGCUUCUACGGUAAGAACUGCGAGAUUAGCGCCAUGACAUGCGCAGAUGGGCCAUGCUUUAAUGGAGGAAAAUGUGUUGAGAACGACGCCGGCGGGUACAGCUGCCGCUGCCCGCCCGGGUACACCGGCUCCAACUGCGAGAAGAGGAUCGACAGAUGCAGCAGCAACCCCUGCGCUAAUGGCGCUCAGUGUUUGGACCACGGUAAACACGUCACGUGCCGCUGUCGGCCAGGCUUCACCGGCUCUCGCUGCGAGACCAACAUUGACGACUGCGCCGGCAACCCCUGUCGCAACGCCGGCACCUGCAUCGACGGUAUAAACGACUUCACCUGCACGUGCACACUCGGCUUCACCGGUAAGGACUGCUCCGUGCGCACCAGCCCCUGCGACAUCUUCCCCUGCGACAACGGUGGCACCUGUUACACCCACUUCACCGGCCCCGUGUGCCAGUGUCCGCCGGGCUUCAUGGGCGCACGCUGCGAGUACUCUGUCACCAGGCCGACUACAAAACCGCCCGGGAAAGACGAUGUCUCUCCUGCGCUGAUCGCCGCUGUCGCGCUAGGCCUGGUGACGCUGACUCUGCUGGUGUGCGCCGUCAUCCACAUUCUGCGUCAGCUCCGCCGGGGCAGGAAGCUGACCGCCCUUUCCACAUCUGUGAAGAACGACCUGGAGGCAGUGAACAACCGCAACGCAGUGAUCGGUGGGGGUGGACCCAAUAACGGGAGCUUACCAGGAGUGCCGCUGGGCAGCCUGAGAGAGAAGGAGGCCUUCCUCCUCUCUGGAGGACAAUUUAAAGUGUCCAAUAAGGAUGCAGCUCUGAUGGAGAAGGGCGGAGACAACAUGGCCAUGUUUAAAAACAAAAUGGCCGACUGUAACCUGGCGAAAGAGGAGCAGCACCCGGCCAAGAACAAGUUUGACCUACAGAAGUGUGACUCGUCCAUCAUCGUUCCUCCUCUCAGUUUUGGAAAGGACAAUCUGUAUCACCCAGUGUUCAUCAUCCCAGACCAGAUGGAGCAGUGUGUGUUUGCUACUGAGGUGUAACCUCCAGUUUUCAAAGCGCCACUGGAGGAACUUCUACACUGAGGGGCUGAGAUUUUUUUAGUCCAGGACAGUUCACCCAGAGGAUCUAUUCCACACACUUUUUUUAUUUAAUAUUUAUUACUGCUGCUCAAGGAAAGGAAGUGUUUUUCCAUUCUUUUCUGCUUCGAUAUUGUCAGUGUUUGGAUGACACUGACUCUGAAGAGAAAGAAAGAGCAGCGGCGGGGCAGAGCUAAGAGGAAAGACUUAAUGUUUGGCGUCAUUUGCACUAUUUAUCUUUUUUUUAUACUUUAAAUCUUAAUAUAAUAUUUCUGUCUGUAUAUCUGAAUUUUCCUUUGAUCAAACGUGAACGAGAGCGACGUAAAGAGUUGUCCACCAAUCGGAAAACUCCGGGGCCUUAGCUAUGCUCCCUAAUCAUCGUGGCAACCGUUUCCUGUACACUCUCACAACAUGUCAAUCAAAUCGCCUGAGGACCUGCUAACAGAGACGGGAGGCACAGCCUGAACAUUCCCACAGAUCAUUUAUCUCGGAAAGCUUGAACCGGUCAGUUUGUGAAAUGCUUUCUAUCAUCACUCCGUCCAUUUUGUUUUAUUUUUGCUUUCUUUGGAAGUAAAGCAUCACAUUGUUGCCUGUUAGAAGAAGAAUGCCAGCAGCCUUACAAUCACGUCCAAUCAUAUAAACUGAAGUGCCUCUUCUUAUAAUUAACUCCAGAAGGACUCACAGUGAGCAGAACUGGUUUCUUCUGGAAGCCACUGAGGGUUUUUAUAUGUAUCUCAUGUUCAAAUCCUGUUAACCCAUUCAUUUCCACUGGAACCAGCCCUUUUCUACUGUGAUGUGUUUUUUAAUCCAUUAUAUGUAGAGGACAUCCAUCCAUCAUUAUCCCAUUCUAACCCCAGUCUAGAUGAUGUUUCAGGUGAAUCCGGGAGAGUUUGUACCUCUAUCAACAAUCAGCUGUUUCUUACAUGUUCUCCUCAUGACCAGAUAAUCUACCUUUUAACAGUUUAAGGAUAAAAUUAAUAAAAAUAAUAAAAGAAAAGUCAUAAAUGUCACAGGCUGGAUGAAGGUCCAGGUCUGUUCUAGCGGUGUUUUCCCCACUGUUGUAAGAUUAUUUUUCUACAAGCCACAGUCACAGCCACUAAACAGGAAAACAUUCAAAUUACCCGCUGUUGUCCUGCGACCUUUUAUAUUUAAAGAAAAGAAACUUUUCCAUUGAAGGACUCCAAAGAGAGUUUUUUUAAAAAUUGCUUCUUAUUUUUAUCUAAUCCAUUUGAUACCAAAAAUAUGUGUUGUUCCUGUAUAGGCGUGUGUUUGUGCUAUCUUCGUUAAUUUAAGAAAACAAUGCAAUGUGUACAUAUCCUACGGAAUAUAGUUUUCUUAUUUAAAUUUUCCCCUUUGUAAAUAAUCUUGUAUUUAUGAAAGAGAAUUGUAUAUAUGUCUAUGUUUAUGUGCCUCAUGUCUCGGUCAGAAUCAAGAAAUAUAUUUUUUCAUAAAUAAAGGAGAAAAUAACAUUAA